AUGCAGCACAGUCUGGCGGCAUGGAGCGUCUCCGCUCCUGAAAUCACCAUUGCUCUCAACGCUAAGGGGACGCAGCUGAGGACAAAACCUUCCAAGUCCACCAUCCGACUCCGGAAUCGACUAGCCAACAAGAGCCCUGCAGAAGUGGACAACUUUUGGAAGCAAAAGUAUGCACGUUCUAAGUCAAAACUCAAGUCAAAAGUGCCUCAACCUACGGACGUCUCCUCGCAAACAGACGUUCCUACGGCCUCGGAUUUAACUUUGUCCCCAUCGCCUACUGCUACAGCUACAGCGGACCUUCAAUCACGCGCACCGACGCCCACACCGAAACCAACGUUGGAGCCGGGUCCUUCAGACGGAGUCGACCCUUCGACGAAACCUCUCGACGGGCCUUCGGAGGAUCAGGCAACGCCCGUUCUUGAGCAGGACCUUCAAUCACAUGCACCGACGCCCACACUGAAACCAUCAUUGGAGCCGAGUCCUUCAGACGGAGUCGACCCUUCGACAAAACCUCUCGACGCGCCUUCGGAGGAUCAGGCAACGCCCGUUCUUGAGCAUGACAGUCCUCCUGCUUCUCAGCCAGGAUCACCUUCGACUACGCCCCUUCCCAGCCUGAGAAAUCCGUCCUCCACACGGUCCCCUUCCCCUACGUCUUCCGAUACAUCUUUAGGCGGCGACCGUAAGGCUUUACUCCAGUCACUGGCUGCACAGGCAGACAUUCUUCUAGAAGCAGUAGAGAAUUGGAGAAUCUCCGAAGAUGUCACCAAUCUACUCGACUCACGGCUGAAGGCAGCGUCAAAUUUGCUGAGGCAGCCGACUGGGGUAAAAAAACGUCUUGAGUUUCUGAGUCAUUUGGAACACAUUGGACGAGUCGUGGAUCAGAGCGCAUUCCUUGAGCGCUCACCUUUACAAGCAGUUCACAGCCAUGGUUAUCUACAUUCCCAAGAAAUAUUUGGAGCAGGUUGUUCUAUCCAUUGGCACGUUGGAAGACGCCAAAUUUUAGUCGGCCUGACGGGACUUUUGUCUGGAGUGCGGGAUUGGCUUUCGCAACCGUCGCCGACCUUGACGGCAAUUCUUAACCUGGUAUUUUCUUUUCUCUCUCUCUCAAGCCCGAACUACACAUGGGUUAACGUAUUCUUUUAUUUUCGAGAUCAUCGAUAUGACAAACAACAAUUACAGUCAUGGGUUCAUGAAUGCCACCCAAGUGAAACGUUUGAAGUCAGGCAGUUGGCUGUCAGAUGA